AUGGAGACGGCAGAAAGUCGAGGCCAGGCCGGGCCAGCCCCCCGCGCCCCGCGCAUCUCCAACGCCUGUGAGGCAUGCCGCCUCGCCAAGGUCAAGUGCCAGGCAAGCACCCAGUUGGGAAUAUGUAAGAGAUGUCUUGAUUCCAAGCGCGAGUGCAUCUACAAGACUGGCCCCAGGACCCGGCGGCCUCGCCAACCCAAGCGGCCAUACCCAACAGCCGGCUCCACGUCCUCAUCCUCUACAACGGCACCCCCUCGCUACCCACCGUUGCCAGGACCGUCCAAGACCUUCACCAUCGACAUCCCGAUGCCCGCGGACGACGACAUCACCGACAGCUUGGAAGCCCUGCGCCUGACCCACGACAAAGCCAUCGACAUGCUGGUGCCCCACAUCUCCGAGGGCGAGGACGACGACUAUGACGAGUAUGACUACGCCCAGGAGGGAGGGGAAAUGGACUGCGACUGGCUCGACCAAGCAUCGGCAUCGGGCGCCGGUGGCUCAGUGCUCUCACAGGCUUCGUCGCUCCCCGUGGGCGCGUCCGCGCUGUCCACGCCGCCCAGCAGCGUCGUCCCUCCAGCCCAGGCUCGGGAGCAGGACCAGCCUGGCGACGGCAGCGGGAAGGGGCCCAAGUCGAGGACGCUCGCGAGCCUGAGGUUGCAGCCGCAGUUCAACCUCGACUCGGCGGGAAAGCUGCUCGAGACGUUUCGGACCGUCAUGCUGCGCCACUUUCACUGCGUUGUCGUGACGGAGGAGGACACGGUGGCGAGCAUGGCCAGGGAGAGACCGUUUGUCUUGCUGGCCUUUAGGAAGAUUCUCGGGCUCAAGUUUGUGGCCGGGGGUGAGAGGACGCUGGAGCUGCUUCAGGGGUUGGUGGUUUAUAUUGCCUGGUACCCGUUCCAUCUGCGGCCCAAGAACAAGCCAGCUGUUCAGUACAUACGCAUGGUUGUCGACAUUGUCAGCGACCUCGAGCUGGACGAGGACCCUGGCACCGAUUCGAUGGAGGUGCCCCCUACCCCGGUAAGACUCGAUCAAAUCAGGAUCUAUCUAGCAAGCUACUACCUCGCUUCAGCUUUCGCCUCCACCUGGGGCCGGUCCCCCUCUCUGACCUACACCGAAUACACCGCCCGCUGCUGCGACCUACUUCAACGCCACAGCCCGCUCCAGGGCGACCAGGUCCUAGCCUGGCAAGUCCGCCUGGAGCGCCUGAUCGAAGAGACCAACGACCUGCGCCGCACCCAACGCGGGCACUCACAGAGUGAGUACCAGAUCGGCUUCAUGAUCCGGGGCAUGGAGACGCAGCUGGCGGAGUGGGAGGCCCGCAUGCCGCCGGACAUCGCGUCGGUUCCCUCAAUCCGCAUCGGCGUCCUCUUCACGCGCGUUUUCCUCUCGGGCGCCCCGCUCCUGAAGCUGCCGUCCGUCAAGCUCCCGCCCCUGGACGCGUCGUCGGCGUUCCGCGCCGAUCCGCAGCGCCUCAUGUCGGUGGUGCCCGCGCUGCACGACAUCUACGAGUACCUCCUGUCGCUGGACCCGGCCGAGGUCAACUCGUUCAUCGGCAUCGAGUGGGGCGCCCUCAUCCUGUCUGUCAUCCUGGGCUUCCGCAUGUCCUUCCCGCUGGCCGUCUGCCCGGAGUGGGACGACCGCGCGGCGAGGGAGACGGUGAGGUUCGGCGAGUAUGUUGACCGGUUUUGCAGCAUGGGCGGCAUGCAGGACGGCGGAAGGAACGCCGCGGAUAUCAAGGCCGGCCUGGCUCAGGCGUCGUUGUCGUCGAGCGGCCCGCAGCGGAGCAUGGAUGUCCUCAGCGCGAGCAAGGUCGUUCUCGAGAUGGUCAAGACGAAGUUCACCAGGAGGGUGGCCAAGUUGGAGAAGCUAGCAGCCACUCGGCAGCAGCACCAGCAGCAGCACCAGCAGCAAGAGCAAGAGCAGGUGGCGGCGAUGCUAGCUGCAGCGGCCGGGGCGGCGCCGUACCCGGUGUCUGUACCCCACGACUCGGCCGUGGGCGGAUGUCCGAUGAUGGACGGCAGCAUGGAGCCGUACUACCAGUACUGGGACGAGACGUUUAGCAACAACGGCCUGGUUGCUCCCAGCAGCACGUUUGCUGCUGCCGUCGCAGGAGGGCAAGGAGGCGCAGAAGAAGGCUUCAGGCAGGCCGGGAUGGAUCCUGCUGGGGCCGGCCUGCCGAAUGACUUGUGGACGGCCAUGACCAUGGAGUGGGCGCAGGGGGGCGUGGGCUUGGAGGGACUGUGA